GACAAGUAGUAGACAGGAGUGGUUGACUCCCAUGGCAGCACGGAAACUGGCAGCCCUCCUCACCGCGGUUCUGCAUCUUUGCCUAUGCCAAAUAACUCAGGAGCCACUGCCUGAAUUCUUAGCACCGUUGGAGAACCAUACAGUGAUCCUAGGUCGUGACGUCUCAUUCACCUGCGUCGUGAACAAUCUACAUUCGUACAAAGUGGCCUGGAUGAAGUCUGAUUCGAGGGCGAUUCUAGCGAUCCACACUCAUCUGAUUGCCCACAACCCUCGACUCUCUGUGACCCAUAAUGGCCACAACACUUGGAAACUGCACAUUUCCAAUGUACAGAAAAAUGAUUCUGGGGCCUACAUGUGCCAAGUGAAUACAGAGCCCAUGAAAAGCCAGAACGGAUAUAUGGAAGUGAUGAUACCUCCGGAUAUCAUUGAUGAUGAAUCCUCGCAGGGUAUGGUGACGAACGAAGGUGGAAACGUGAAAUUGAAAUGCGUGGCCACAGGAACGCCUAAACCAACUGUUACAUGGAAGAGGGAGGAUGGGCGAAACAUAAUUCUUCGGGAAGACGGGCAAAAACAAUCGCUAAAAAGUUAUGAAGGAGAGGUGUUAGAAUUGAACGGAGUGUUACGACAGGAGAUGGGAGCGUACCUGUGCAUAGCGAGCAACAACGUGCCACCGACACCAAGCAAACGUUACACAGUUAACGUGCAUUUUUCUCCAGCGAUAAAAGUGACGAAUCAGCUAGUAGCGGCACCGAUAGACAGCGAUGUGGUCCUCCAGUGCCACGUCGAGGCAUCGCCACAAGCGUUGAACACUUGGUACAGGAACACAGGCGACAAGCUACUGCCAGGGGACAAAUACGUGAUGACGGAGCAUGCGUUGAACGACUACUCCUGGCAGAUGAACCUAACCGUCAACGAAUUAACGAGGCCUGACCUCGGGGAAUACGUCUGCUCAUCUGUCAAUGCCCUCGGCAAGGCUGACGGAGUCGUUCGCUUGCAAGAGCUCCACCUGGUGCCAAAAACGACGCCGAGCAUCCUAACCAAAAACGACUUGAAGCAACGUAAGGGCAGUAACUCGAAAUCCAGGAAGAAGAAUAACGGCAAGAAUGGCAGGAGGCUUUAUCCAAACUUCGAGGAAUUCGAUUCCUCGGCUGGAGAAGAAGAUUUGGGGACUACCCAAAUUCUCUCAGGGAGCACACCUCAAGAGAAUAGUCAUAAAACCGACAGGCCCAGCCAUGUGACAUCUUCCACCCCACCUUGGGUCAUCAUAAGUGCUGCUGAUUCGACGAAAUUCUUUUCUCUCAAGUUUCUGAUUGGUUGCCUUGGGUCUUCAUUGAUAUUGUUAAUUUUCAUUCAGUAAUUAAGUGUCUCGGGAUCAGUGAUCGAUAUGGAUAGAGGAUAGGCACAUGCUUUUUAAGCGAAAAGACUUGCAACUUGAAGUGAUUGUUAACGCAACUAUGGUGGAGGGUAAGGUACUAAAAUUUAGUGAAUCAAUAAUAUUUGAACUGGUGAGAAUAUAAAUGACAUCAUAUAUACGUAAAAAAAAUUAUUACAAAAUAAUGUAUUACGUUUGCUACAAUUUAAGAGUAGGUUGAAAAACAAUAUUAAAUUGGAGGAGUUUUAAGUAAUUCAUGCAUAUGAAUAUGUUUUAUAUUUAUUAACAUAAAAAAUAUUAGGCACAAAAUUCUUUAUACUUUUGAUUUGUACAUAAUUAAACUGAAGAAUAGAAUAAUUCAUAGGAACACUCUUGUUAGGAAGAAAAUAUUAUACAAAAAGAAAGUGCAAUGCAGUCGACAUUGGUGAUUUUGUUAGAAAAAACAUUGUAACCAAAACAAAUUUAGUACACGAAAAUUCAUAUAUAAAAUGGAAAUGUCUAUAACUAUUAUAAUAUGUAUAUACAGUUAUGCAGAUCUUUUAAGCGGGGUUUGAAUGAAACUAAACUUUUUAAACAAGUGAAAGGUAUUUUAUACACUUGUAACUUUUAUAUGAUUUCUCGUCUGUCUUAAGUAUAUGUACAUUCACUGUUCCACAUAUGUAUAGUCUUACAAGUAAUAUGUUUUGCAAAAUAUUUUACUAAUCACUACAAACAUUAAUAUUAAUCCUAAUAUCAUUGACAAUAAAUUUCAAAGCACUAAGUACUCGUUCUACCCGGACUUGUAUAGCAGGAACAUGAUGAAGUGCUAUUCUUUCAGACACUUGUGAACUACUAUAACUCACAAUCACAAACCACCGCUUUGAUGCGUCAGUUGUAGACACCCAUAACAAGGCGUGUAAAGAAAUCUCAACAUAUUUUAGUACCCUUCUCUCCACAAUGGUAGCGCUGGUAAUCACUUCAAUUUCCAAGUCUCUCUUAGCUAUCCAUAUAAAUUGUUGCUCGGGACUGAUGAAAGAAUAUUACUUUACUAGAGCAAGAAGAAACAUUAAAAAAUAGCGACUAGGGAAAAUCACUAGGGAAGAGUAUCUAGUUUGAACUUUUUUAUCUUGGGAUGUCAAGGAAUUUGAAAGAUGUAUAUUAAUUUUAGAUGGGAUGGAAUUGGGGUUUGACAUGGACCUGAAAGACGUAGCAUGAAGUAGGGUUUUAGACAAGGGAGGACGUACAGUAAGACCAUGAACCUGAAGGACGGUGUACGAAGUCCAUGGACUCAGCAUCGACGGCUGGUUAAGGUUAUAUUUCUUAUUUCGACCACAAUAUAUUCUAGAGGGCGUAAAAAAUUGCCAAAUUUUUCGAUAAUUCUUUUGCGAACCCUGGGUUAUAAUCAUAAACGUAUACUUAAGGAUAGACCGCGAGACCGGGCCGAAAAAGAGAGUAGAAAGAGAUAGCUGGCACUGAUGGCUCUCUAUCCUUGUUUAAUCGCGCAUGCACUGUAUAGCUGGUACUUGGUGGUGGUGGUACAUACAUGACCGUUCCAACGAGGGAUGCCAGAAUGUAGGAUUUCUCCUCUUCCCGAGCUGUCUCCUACUUCUUUCUUUUGCCCCCACGUACGUUACCCAUGAUCAUUGGGGACAUGUCUAAUAAUGCCAUAUGUAAGUGGGGAAAGCAUAUUGAGCAUACAGCAGCAUACAGUAGUGGGGAGAGCUCGGGAAGAGGAGAAAUCCUACAUUCUGGCAUCCCUGGUUCCAACUAUACAGGGUGAUUCUCUCGCUAGGGUAGACAAAGGCUGUGCCGCCGUGUAAACAUUGUAACCAAAACCCAUAGUACUGUAGCCGCUGUGCCAUUGGGAGGUGGAGGACGGAUGGCUACUGUAACGAGGACGAUUGUGUGCGUACAUGUGUGAGCUACAGUACUAUAGGUUUUGGUUACAAACGGCGGCACGCCUUUGUCUACCCUAACGAGAGAAUCACCCUGUAUUUGAGUUCACGAGAGAACAGACCAUGGACCUGAAGGACGGAAU